CCAUCAAUCCGAUUUGUGAAAUUCUGCUUAAUUUCCUUUUACAUCACAUUCGUAUUCAUGAAUUGAAUGAGUUGACAACGUGUGAAAAAUCGUUUCGCAAUUCAGUGAAAAUUGGUGAGAAAAAUAUAUUUAAUAAAAAUUAACAAUUGCAAAAUUGUUAGCAAUAGUGCAAACUCCGCGAAAAUCUAAAAUUUUCUCAUUUCGCAACGUUUGCUGAGGUGAAAAACCGAGGAUACGCGCGGUAGCCACGCACGACGACCUUGUGAAGUUCGACCACGAAUUGCCCAUAGACUUUUCGGUGACGAAAAAACCUUUGCGGCAAAAUCCUUAUGCAAAUAGCUAAACUUGAAUAGCCAGGUAAAUAUAUUUCAAACAUUAAAAAGUGCAAAGUGUUUUUGAAACAAUCAACACUGAUUUAUACCUGCUAUUGAAUAUUUUUUUUUUUGUGUUAACGCCCCUCUUCCACGCGGAGGUGGUUCAGUUGAUCGAUACGAAGAGUUUCGUGCUGCCAUUUCUAUUUCACAGUGCAGUGAAAAAAGUCGGGUCGGUUAUCUGGUAGACAAAAGUAGAGACAGAAAAUUUAUCAGCAACUUGAAAUUUGCGAUUAAACAUGAAAUUUGUUGCAACGACAAAGGCCCAACUACAACAACAUAAGAAGUAUUACUCAUUGAAUUUUACCGAAGCUGAGCAAGAAUCCCAACGUAUAAAUAAUUUACACGCGGUCAACUUGGGAACAUUGAACAACGUGAGUUUGUGUGGUGCAGUGAAAUUUGCGAAAGUAAAAAAUCAACAACUACAAAUAAACGAGUAUAAUAAAGUUUCUACUAUAUUCAAAAAUUGGAAGAAUCAAAACUUUUGCAUAGCUGCGUCUUGAUUAAGUACGACUUUAGUAAAUUGUACCCUCUCCAAAACCAAUUGGAAUUAAAGUCCCCAAAACCUAUCAUCCUUGAAAAAUAAAUUAAAAAUCUAAAAAACUUUUGGACAUCCAAAUAAUAAAAUUUAAAUAAACAAGCAAAGCAAAACAAAAAACCUUAGUGAUUUAUAAAAAUCAAUAAAAGUAAAAAAAAGUGAGCGUUGGUGAAAAAUAACCUAAAUAAAGAGUGUAACUUCUGAAAAGUAGCAUUUAUCCGCAUAUUUCCAAAAUUACUUAAGCAAAAUUGAGGGAAGCAUCUAAAAAGCAGAGCGCAAACAACCUCCUGUCAGGCUGUCAACAUACGCAUAAGAGUCAACGCUAAUCUUUUGUAGCCAGUAGUAGUUCAUCAUUGUACAGGCUUUGUGCUCGUCCUCCGUCGUGGAAACAAGCGAAGAAGUGUCAAUAAACGUGCACGCCAAUACCACUAAAAAGGGUAUUCAAAAGUAUCAUAACCUGCAACUACAGGCAGCACACACAGGACAAACAGCUGCACAUCUGCGCAAAUACGACGGGUAUAAAAACCGGCAGCGCGAUUUCUAUCAUUUCUACAACUGCAUCUUUGUGCUCAUUCAAAAUUUUCGCCACAUCGCCUAAAUCUAAACGUAAGACGUCUAAUAAAGACAAGAGGAUGCCGCGACGCAACAAAAAAGGAGGCAAAGGCCGCAGCGGUGACUCCAACUCUGAGGAUGAGUCAUUUAACGAUAAUGCCAGCGUGUAUUCUUUCGCUUCGGAUAAUGCACCCUCAUCCGUAAACGACAUGGAUGAGAUGUCAUCAAAUGAACGUUUCGAAGAGAAAUUUAUGCAAGCGCUCGAAAAUGCCACUGAGAAGUCAGCACAGACACGCACUCAAGCUUUGCAGAAUAUCUGUGAAAUUUUAAUGCAUCGUUAUAUGCCUGAUUUCGUUGACGAUCGUAAGGUAACGCUAAUUGAUUGCAUUGAAAAGUCGAUACGCCGUGGCAAGGGCGCCGAGCAGUCGAACGCCGCACGCCUCGCACCUUUGGUGGUGCUACAACUGGGCGGAGAUGUUGAGAUCUCUAAGGAAUUGAAUCAAUGUUUGCUCACUACCGUACAGGAUAAGGCUGUUUCGUUUGAUGCACGCGCCAAGUGUUGCACUGCAUUGGGACUGCUCAACUUCCUCGGUGGCGAAGAUAUUGGCGAUCUCAUUACUUUGAUGCAAUUUUUCGAAGGCAUUUUUAGCGGCAGCUACUUGCGUGGCGAUGAAAAAUCACCGGUUUCGGUGAAUGCCGAAGCUGGCGCACUGCAUGCUGAAGCAUUAUCCGCUUGGGGUUUGCUUUUGACGCUCAUACCAUCGGGUGAUUUCGUGUCACUCAUGACCAAUGGUCAGCCCAUGUUGCCUUCGGUAAAAAAAUUGAUGGGUUUAUUGCAAUCGCCACACUUGGAUGUGCGCAUAGCUGCUGGUGAAACGUUAGCACUGAUACUCGAAAGUGGUCGUGCACAUGAUAAAGACUUUUUGGAAGAGUAUUUGGGUGCUUUAAUUGAUGCUGUUAAACAGCUGGCUACUGACUCACAUAAAUAUCGCGCUAAGCGUGAUCGCAAGGCUCAACGCGCCACAUUCCGUGAUGUGCUGCAUUAUUUGGAGGAGGAUACAUCACCUGAAAUCAGCAUUCGUUUUGGCACUGAGUGCCUUCUCUUGGAUUCCUGGGCUAUACAUCAUCAAUACUCGGCGCUGUGCACCGUUAUGGGUCCUGGCAUGACAUCGCAGUUGCAGGAGAAUGAUUUCAUACGCGAUAUCUUUCAAUUGGGUGCUAAACUCGUCGAUGAUGGGCACACCAAAAUCAAGCAGUCAAAGUUGGAACGCCAUUUACUAAAUGCAGCCGCCUUCAAGGCACGCACAAUAACGCGUGGCAAAAAUCGAGACAAGCGCUGUAGCUACAAUUAUUAAACAAAUUUAGCUGCUAGUACGAAGAUUAAUUUUAAUAACUUAAGACGAAUAUUUUGGAACUCGCAUGCAGCUGCUUUAGGCGGUGGAGUGGUCUAGAAAGCAGGCGAAUUCAAGCAAGGCGUGUGGUAUAGAAGAUGGCGCUAAAAUGCUGAGGAAUAAGUUGGUGUGACAAGCAGCAGCGGAGACCUUUACGCUCUAAAAUGCAAUUGUGUUGGCAGAUAGCGGCAACGCAACGUAUUUUAGGUGUAGAAUUUUAAGCUUUUGAAUGCCAGCAGAGCUGAUUUCUCAGUUAGUGGAUGCAGGCGCGCUUCCAUACCGGCAAUUUUUCAGUUGCCACGGUCGGCGAAGCUUUGUUGAAAUUUUGUGUACUCUUCAUUUGCGCUCAUUUUUUCUUUCCAUCUUUUCAUGAAUUUAUUGCAACGAAAUUCUGUACACAAUAUUUAUGUAAAUCUUAAAGUUAACUUAAAUUUAUGUAGCAAUUUUAUAAUAUGAAAACCAGAAAAAAACAUUACAUAUAUACCACAAACGAACAAUAUAUGUAUAAACGUAAAAGAAAUGCUAGUUGAAAUUUAUUUAGCUUUUAAACAUGUUAAAAUACCUACAAGCUACACAUGCAACUGCGGCAGGAACUCCAACGUUAAUUUUUUUUUAAAUUCCACAUGUACAUAUUUAUAUUAUCAAUAACUUGAUUUUACCUAUUCUACUAGUAAACAAUUCUGAAGUUUUAUAUAUAUUUUGCUUAACAUAUCUUUUGAUUCAAAUAUUUUGUUCAUGAAUUAAUUAUAAACUGAACCAUUUGAAAUAAAAACGUUAAUAAAAUGUUAAGAAAACUCAAUACAUAUAUUUAAUGUACUAUUUAUGUAUGUAUG